AUGGCUAUAACUAUGGAUUUAGAGGAGAGUGUGUCUGACUCGAAGCUCCAUAAGGAAAGCAUUGCGAAAAAGGAAUUAAGGCCGACUAGCGCGGUUUCCCUUUCCAAAUCCGAUCAUGGAUUAGUGGAGUCUACAUCUUCGAUAGAGCAAUUAAAACAGUACAAAAGCUGGGUAAGUGCAGACAGAUGGAAUGAAUUAAAAAAAAUAGCUGACACCGCGAUGAAAGAUCGGAAAGUGUUUAUGAUAAAGGGGGGUGGUUUCCCAGCUGUACGCAGAGCAUUGACGGAGCGUGGUUGGAUUGAAAAGUACGAGUCUCAUAAGGUACGACAUCCCCCAUCAAAUAUUGAUCCCCGAAAGGUAUCUGGCAAAGAACUGACCAAAGUGGAAAGAAUGAUUUUAUACAAAUUUAUGGAACAUCAUUCUGUUGAUUUUUUGUGGACCACGAAGAGGGAUAAAUACGAUUGGCUACUAAGCAACAAGGAUGUCGUUAUUAGCAGGUUCUGCAGAUCAAUUUUCACCACGAAGGAGGGCCUGACGUCGUCACUAACCCAAAUGCACUGGUACACAGACCCGGGUGUAGCUUUGACGCGUUUUCCGCGUUGUUACAAUAUUUACAAUUCUGACAGCCUAGAAGAAUUUAUCGAUGACUUUAGAAUAACGGCUUGUAUUAGUGUGCUUAAGUGGCUGUCUAAUACUCUACAGGAGAAGGGUGAAAGUCUCAUGGUGCAACCACACGGAAAGGUUCCAUUUAGUGCCAUUGAGUUUGCUAUAACAAGACUGAGCGAAUACGUAGCUUUCUUCUCCCACAAAGAUAUUGACGAUACAGAAGAACAUGCACAACACGUGUGGGAACACGAAUGGGACCAAUUCCUCACCCAUCAUUAUCUGCUGGUGCACGAAAACUCAAAGUUUGCGGAAGACAAGAAUAUAAAUAUCCGACAAUUAGAGAAAAAAGGUGCUAAAAUGCUGGGAACAAUGGUGAAGUACUGGCCCCAAAUGGACAUAGAUGGAGUGUUCAAUAUUUGGAUAGUAAAACCUGGCAAUAAAUGCCGAGGCAAAGGCAUACAACUGAUGAAUAACAUAAAGGAUAUAAUUGGUCUUAUUAAUAUUCCGGCGCAGAAAACGAGAUACGUUGUUCAAAAAUAUAUAGGCAUUAAACAGUGUCUCAUUGGAGCUAUGCUGGCGUGUCAAGAAUCUAUGGACAAACGGCAAAAUAGCUUCGAAUUGUAUGGAGCUGAUUUUAUGUUAACAGAAGACUUUACUCCUUGGCUUAUAGAAAUCAAUUCAAGCCCAGAUUUAGCGCCAACUACGUCCGUUACAGCACGUCUUUGUCCCCAAUGCCUUGAAGAUGUAAUAAAAGUCGUCUUAGACAGACGUUCGAACCCCGAAGCCGAUACAGGGACUUUUGAAUUGGUGUACCGUCAAAUUAUACCAAAAGCACCGGCGUAUCUCGGUUUGCAACUGUGUAUCAACGGAAAACGACUCAUUAAAAAGUCAAAAGAGAAGAAACAAGAGCCCAAAAGUAUACCAUCAUUUACUUCACCGUUGCCUGCUGGUGAUGCUGUACCAGGUACUGAUCAACCAGUUCCAGCUGAGUAUAGUGGACCAAUAAUAACAGAUUUUCUAACCUGGCUCAAUCCAUACGACGCUCUUCCUACCAACAAAGAUGGUAUCGUGAUAGGUCCCAAGGAGUCCCUCACGGUACGCCAAGCAGUUAGUGUUGUGAAUUCGAGUAUAGUAUUUAAAAAUGCAUCAAAAAAGCGUAAAUCGUCCGCGCUCUCUUGUAGGACACAUCGAGGAAGACGCGAAAAAAAUUCCGAAUCUAAACGACGCGUCAAACCUCACUCGUGCUGUCGACCCGAAGUUAGCCAAUGUGACAGUCAAAUAACGAAAUAUAGAACAGAGUCAGCGAAGAAAUCUGAAAAACCAAAGAUUGACAGGUCUGUUGGUAAUAAACGUUGUUACAUAGAUCCGAUAGAGUGGGAACGGGAGACAGCUAGUAUAUUGCGAUCGACGAUUUCAAUCCAAAAUAAAAUGACAAGUCGGAUAGAAGUAGGGUCAGUAAGACAGUCGAAAUCAGGGACAAGUACAAAUGGGAAACCACAUUUAGAACCCAUAGGCCUGCGACAGGAAAACGAUUCGAAUCCAAUAAAAAAGCUAAGCGCUAUAGGGAAAAGCAUUUGUAAGUUGCAAGACGAGAAACAGAAUAGACAUAAGCACAUGAGUGUCCCAAAAAGUUGUGCUUCAACGUUUGCCCCAUACAGGGUUGUUCUUUCCCCAAAUAACGACGAAUAA